CCUAUUGUUAUUGGUAAACAAGUCUUAAGUGGCGAACACACGCAUGUAGUGAAGUUAAGGCCAUCUGGCAACAACAAUGGGGAAAGUGAAGUCCCCACCCUCCUCAUUACCGUCAGACUCCACGGUUGUGCCACCGCCGGGGAAGGUGCUUAGGUCAAACUACAUUAAUGCUGAUGACUACUCCAGCCGCCCGCAAUUGGCGUUAAUUCACCCACCAACUACAGCAGCCACCGUCACUAGUAGAUAUUCAAAAUUUCAGCUCCCCAAUGGCUGGGGUGUCCAAGAGGUCCCUCGCUCUAACACCUCCCGAGUUGACAAGUACUACUAUGAGCCAGGGACUGGACUGAAAUUCCGAUCUUUGAGAGCAGCUGAGAGAUAUGUCAAUGGUGAAGAAUAUACUCCAAGACCCGGGGCUUUGACGUGGCAUGACAAUCACUACAAGUGUUCUGAGCACAGGAAGAUGAUUAUUUGCGGUGGAAAGAUGAUGAGACUUAAUGAAGAGCCAUUGAGUGGAAAUCACUUACCAAUUGCGGCUUCUAGAGAAACUGCGGCCAUGUCACCCUAUGAUCUUCCAGAUGGUUGGGUUGUUGAGGAGGUCCCUCGGAAAAAUGACUCCCAAACGGACAAGUAUUACUACGAACCAGGAAGUGGGCGAAAGUUUCGAUCCUUCAUAGGUGCUAAGAGGUACAUAGCCGAACUAAAAGAAGAUAUUCCAUUAUCUGCUGCUCUUGCGGAGAUUAAGGAGAUGAAUAGACCACUCUCCAAGGCAUUUAAACUGGGCUGUCUUGUAAAGAACUCCAUUUCACGCAAGAAACAGUGUGCUAGAAGCAAAACUCAAACUUCGUCAUGUGUUAGUGUACCAGUAAAGGUAAAUUGGGUUCUUGCCAGUCCUCAAGGGGACGUGUGGAACCCGUUUAUCUUCAAUAUCAAGAUUCCGGUUUCCGUAAAGCAGCAGUGGAAUGAAAGAUUCAGGUUAGCCUUGAAUGUGGAGAAUCACAGCACACCAAAUAGUAGUAAACCAAGUUGAUGAAGGACGGGCUGGUGACAGUCCCCAGAAGAAGACAUAAUUGAGGUGAUUUCAUGUUGCUUGUAAGCGUCCCCGGAAAGCAGCCGUUGUAUAGUUCAACUAAAUGAUUACUCUGUAUAUACCUAUGAGUUCUUGUUAUAAAAUGUUGAA